GUUUGUUUACAUAUUGUUGGAAAAGAUAUGAAAUGGCUCUUACUUCAUUGAAAACUGGGGGACUUCUGUCCGUAAUCAUACUGAUUUUAGCUGUGUAUUACAAGCGCAGUAAUGAUGAGUACCUGGAGACGCACAUUCAUGAAGUUUUGGAUGGAUUGCUAAGAGCUGAAAGAAAAGUUCAACAGGAUCAAAAAACAAAAGUUGCUGUUGGAUUUGGAGCUUGUUUUGAUUACUAUACAAAUGCAACUCAAUUACUGGACUCAAUUUCAGUUGAACCCUCUUCUAGUCCCGAGCAUUAUACAUCCAUUAACUCAAAAGGAGAACUCGCUCAGCUAGUUGCAUAUUUCUUUGGUGUAGGCGCAGCAGCAGAGAGAUAUAUCAAGAAUAAGGUUCUAUGGCAAGAGAUGCUACAGGGUGCUCAAGGGCUGCCUUACAUGCGGACAACUGUAGGGGGAAAUGCUCCGGUUAUGGCUAAGAGGUUCAUAACUGAGGGAUUUGAUGUCCUACUUGGGGCAAGAAUUUCAAAGAAACUUGCAAAUAUGAUCAGCCCAGAUAUGAAAGUGGCUGGGGGUGACCUUAUGGAAGAUGAUGUCCAUAUUUCAUUAGAGUAUAAGACUGGAGAAAAGUGGGGACCUUAUACAUCACCUAGAGCUAACAGAAUAUUUCUCCAUAGUGACCAGACAAACCCCUACAUCAAUGCAUUAGAAGAAUUCCAAAUUGCUCUGAGAGAGUUUAAUCCAAAGUUACUUGUCAUAGGGGGUCUACAAAUGUUGGAUCACUUUCCAUUUGAAUUAGGUGAGAGAGAGUCCAGGCUACAGAAGCUGAGUGACAUGUUGAGAACAACCCAAAAGGAGACUCUGGUUCAUUUUGAGAUGGCAUCAUUCACAGAGGAGACUCUAAUGUUAGACCUUGCAGACUAUCUCAUUCCCUACUCAGACUCCCUGGGCAUGAAUGAGCAGGAGCUCCCGAAUAUAGUCAGCAUAUUGACUUACAGGAACAUUACAGUGCUAUCCGAUCCUUACCCUCGAGUAGCAACCGUUCUGGACCAAAUGAGAGAGCUCUAUAGCUUGCUAGAGAAAUUCCCCGAGACCAAAGGCAGACGAAAAGUCAGCCGGCUUCAUAUCCAUACUUUACCAUUCCAAGCUAUUUUAACCAGGAGGAAUUCUGCAUGGAAGAACACUAUGUCAGCUACAGCCAAGGCAGCUUUAAUGGGAAUCAGGCAUGUCUGUAACUCAAGCCAUAUUGAUUUACACAAGAGUAAGCUCAUCAUGGAUGAGUCAUUUUCGACAACCACAGAUGAUAAAUUCCGCGAGAGGAUUCCAUUGAAUUCAAACCGCCCUGUUUCUUGCUGGGAGGAGGGGGAUUAUCAGAUUUGCGUUGCUCCUAAUCUUGUGUGUACUGAUGUUGUGCAGACAGGGGGAGGGGGUGAUAACAUAUCAUCAGCGGGACUGGUCCUACAGAUCUAAGAUUUGAGUAGAGGGGGAGGGGGGAAAUCAAGGUCUCCUGUCAUGCUUCAAAUAUAUUAGUUCUAUAUUAUUUUUUGGGGCUAUGAUACAAGACUACAAUUUCUUCAGAUCUUGUUUCAAACUAAAAUAAAUUGAGUUAUUAACAUAUAAAAGUUGUAAACCAUGCUUUUAUACUUUGGAAGUUAUAUAUCUGAGUGCCGAUGUCAAAUUCUGAUGCUUUGAUUUGAUUUAAUUUGCAAAUCUCCAGAAAAUUAAUGUGCAGUAUUUUUCCUUGACAACGAAUUAUAAAUCAUUUCUCAUAAUGGUUUUGGGAAUUCAACUUAUAUAUCUGAUAGUCUUUUAUAAAACAAGUUUUAUGAAGGUCAAAGAAAUACUCCAUACAAAGCUGUUGAAAAUCUCAUUGGGAUGAGAAAAUAUCCUGAGUAUCCUCUAUAUUAGUAACAUACAGGGUGACUCAAAAGUAGAUUCACAGUUAUUCAGAGUGUGUAAACCCUUUUGGGUCGCCCAGUAUUAUUUGUUAGCAUUCAUUCAUGAAAUGUUGUUAUUUUAUUUUAGACGACUUGAGUUAUCAUGUAUAUCUUUAACUUUAACACACAAUUGUACUUUACAACAAUGUUUAUAUCCAAGUAAUAACACAUAGUCACACACUUACUUAAUCUAACAAGAAUAUAUAUUUUUAAUGUAAAUUUAAAUAUCAUAUACUGUACUAGAUUAAGAAAUCUGAAAAAUAAUUUCUGCUUGAUAAGGUAUUCUGCCUAUACAUCCAUUUCCGAUAUAUUCAUUUAUAUGUAAAUUACAAUAUUUAUACGGUAUUUAAUUAUAACAGCCAACACUUUAUGUUAUAUUCUAAGAGUGGUGGAGGGAAUUUAUACAUCUUAUAGUCUAUUACACCCUACAUUUUACUUUACAAGAGCCAAAUGCUUGGAAUAUUCCAGAUACAUGUACAGAUCUUUCACGUUUUUAAUAAGUGAAGACAAAAAAUAUUAUCGAUAUAUCCAAAACUAACUUUAUUACAUUCACAAUAUUUACAUAUUUUUGUUAUUAAUAUCAGCCUAUUGAGAAAACAUCUUUGUCACAUACAUUGAGCUGAGAUAUAAGUAAAUUGAAAGUAUAUUUUAAGAUACAGUGUUGUGUCAAAGCAAUAGAAUACUGACUGGUCUUGUGUACAGUUUAUGAAGUUAAGUUUUGUUUUAAAUUUUUAGCCAAAUCAUGACUCGACAUUGCAGUGAAAUGAAGUGUAAAUUCUUGGUCAAUUAAAAUUGUUCAAAGUAUGAUACCAAUUCAAAAUUGGCAUUUGAUAUGACAGAUUAUGCCAAGAAUGAUGUAUAAAUGGAAUACAUGUGGUGGCUACAUAUAAAGUGAUAAAUUGCAUAACGGUUAUGUUGUUAAAAAGUAUAUGUCCAUCCAAUCAAUGGAUGCAUCAUAAGUACUUUGAACCUAGACUACUGCUGGUCAAAGUUGAAUAAGGAAAAUAUGUCUGUUUAUUUUCCACACGCUAUAAUUGUUAUGUAGACCUCUUGUUCAUCACUAUGUCACAUUUUGCUCAAAAGAUGAACUGUCAGGUUUCAAUGUAGACCUAUUACUGCAUAAACUGCUAGGGGAUCAGGGGGAAGCUACCUUGCCAGAAUAUUACAGAAAAUUAUUUUUUCAACAGCUAUUUAACAUUUUCAAACAGAAACUACCUUGCCAUGUAUAUUUUUGGAAUCCUGCCUAUAGGAUACAUAAUCAAAAAUCAAGAUCGCCUUUGAGGUUAGCCUUGCCCAAGUCGGUCUCU